AUGGGGAACGUCAUCUCCUUCGCCUCCAGCGAGCUCGAAGGCGCGCAAACCUCUGCCGAUACGUAUGACUUCGCGACCUCCUACGCUUUCAGUCCUGACAAUGCCAAUGAUUUCGGAAUCACAGCGACUUUGACAUACGGAGGCGAACCAGGACCCAUAACUCCUGUGGUGACAGUCCCUGCCGCCCCGACAGAUGGAGCACUACCUGGGACCUUCACAUGCAAUGAGUUUCCUGCUGGAGUGAGCCAAGCAUCCGUUCUGUGCCCUGGCCUUCACAACUCAGAAAUCUACCCGGGGACGGUCUCCCUAGCUUUCACAUCAGGCGAUCCUGUCACGCAGGGUUAUUACUCUGGGGCUUAUGCGUUUUCAGUCAUCGCGGCGGAAACUCCAGCCCCGGUGGCGCGUCUUGCUUUUGCUUCACUAGCUGCACCAGCCAUAACCGUUUAUGACACUACGGUUACUGAAACAAGCACGGUCACUACAACUCUGCCAAAGACUACACAGACUGUCCUGAGUGAAUGUCCCUCGAGUUCAGGUCAGCAAAAUGGCACAGUCAGCGGUACGGGCACAGGUUCCACAUCCAAAUCAAUUGUAUCUACAGGGGGUUUGAAACCCUCAUCGAACAGCACAACCAUCUAUCCCACAGGGACGUCCUCGAUACGCCCUUCGGGCUUGGUGUCGGCAUCAGGAACUGCUCCUACGUCCAAAUCAAACUCAAGCCUGUCCAUAUCUGGCACAGGGACCAAAAAGCCAACUUCGCCUUCAUCAGGCUUUAGCUCACCAUCUGGAAAUAUCAGGCCAUCGGGAAGUAGCAAAGCCUCAGGCUCGGGAAUCAAUUCUCCAGGAGGAAGCGGACUUCCAUCGAGCAGACCGUCUCUGUCACCUUCGGGUCAGUCAGGUGUCUCAGCUCAGAACUACAGCUCUUCCACCACCUCUUUCCAAGCAAGUGAAGCCUCUAGCUUACCCACAAUCACUAAUUCCGGGGCUUCCACAACAUCAACGUCCACGCAUGUUACGGUUACGACCAUUACAACCGAAAUCACGACAUACGUGCCUUGCUCCAGCGCUAUCGCAACCCAGGGAUCAAGUACAAUUUAUUCGAGUUCUUUGACUCCAUCCGUCAUUACGAAGACGAUCACUGCCACAACCACGGAAUACACAGUUGUCUGCCCCGCCACACCUGCAGGUCAGCAAGCACCGACAGGCCAAGCAUCGCCUGCAGAGGUCUCAACAAAGCAGAUAUGGGUAACGAUCACAGAGUCUUUGACAACCACAGUUUGCCCGAGUUCGCCUCCGCCCCCACCUUGUACCACGGCUGCCCCACUAGAGAAGAGAGAUGCAGGUUUUGGCCCUCCGGAUUUGACCAUCGUCAAUGGAGUGACUACGACCGGAGCUUCAAAUGGAGGAGGGGGCGGCGGAAGUGGUAGCAGCAGCAGCAGUAACAGCGGAGGCGGAACCUCAACUGUUCACGCAACUAGCACCAGUACGGUGACGGAAACAAGCGUCGGCACCCUUGAAGUUCCAACUCCUAUAACGUACGGCUCCAACCUCAUCGCGCAUGCGCCAGGAAAGCAGAGGAGCUUCGUACAGACUGCAGAAUGGGUUGGCCACAGUGCAAUAGGACGGAGGAAUAUGAGAGUAGUAAGUCGCCUUGCCCCGGAUUCAGUGUGUUUCUCUAACGGUUGUUCUGCAGUUGAUGAGGCGAGGAUAUGGAAGGAUGUGCAAUUUCACCACGUUGGCUUGAUUCUUUCAGCUCUCUUUGGAAGCAUAGCUAUACUUUUCUCUUGGUACCUAGUAUGGCGACACUGCACCCAUUAUCUCAAGCCGUGGGAGCAGAAACAGUGUGUCCCCCUCUUGCCCCACCAUGGCCCUCCCAUAUGGAGCGCAUUGGGACUGACCAAAUACAGCAUCAUUCGCAUCCUCUUCAUGGUCCCCGUCUACGCCUUUGUUUCCUUCAUGUCUUACCUCUUCUACAGACACGCCGUCUACUACGAAGUCAUCCGCGAUUGCUACGAAGCCUUUGCGAUCGCAAGCUUCUUCUCCUUGUUAUGCCAUUACAUUGCGCCGGACCUGCAUAGUCAGAAGGAUUACUUCAGAGGCGCUACGCCAAGGAAUUGGGUCUUACCUAUCAGUUGGUUACAGAGGUGUACUGGAGGACAGCACGGGUUCUUCAAGAUUCCAAGAAGCGGCCUGACCUGGUUCAACAUCAUAUGGUUUGGGGUAUUCCAAUAUUGCUUCAUUAGGGUCUUCAUGACUUGUGUGGCGGUCGUGACUCAGGCGAUUGGCAUUUACUGCCUGGAGUCUCUCAGUCCAGCUUUUGCACACAUAUGGGUCAUGGUCAUAGAAGGCGGCUGCGUUACCGUCGCGAUGUACUGCUUGAUCCAGUUCUAUGUCCAGCUUAGAGAAGAUCUAGCGGAGCAUAAGCCACUCCUCAAAGUUGCAGCAAUUAAACUCGUCAUAUUCCUUUCCUUCUGGCAGACAAUCCUCAUCUCGAUACUCACCGGCUCCGGCUCAAUCAAGCCGUCGGCCACGAUUCAAACACCUGACAUCAAAAUCGGCAUUCCUUCCAUGCUCCUCUGCAUCGAAAUGGCCAUCUUCAGCGUCUUCCACUUAUGGGCUUUUCCCUGGCAAGUCUACGAUAUCCGACGAUCCGCAAUCGUAGCCUCCGAGUCUGCUCCUGGUUUCGAGCCUGAUCCAAAAACCGCCUAUCAGGGUGGUCGCUUCGGCCAAAACGCCCUGAUGGACGCUUUCAACCCCUGGGAUCUCAUCAAAGCCGUUGGUCGAGGUUUCAAAUGGAUGACCGUCGGCCGGCGGAAACGCAUGGACGACGUCUCCUACAAAAAUCCCCGAAUGGGUGCGGGUCUCGAGCCCACCAGAAAUCAACUCACCGCUUUCUCCACCGACAACAACCCGAACAACACAAAUGCCGAUCCCUAUGACAGUCACGCAAAUGACAACACAGCUUAUCUUCCCCCGAAGUCUCCAGGCAAGCAACAGGCCCACGGCCACUACCGAACCCUCACCACCUCCCGUUCCUCAGCAGAGGAAGAAGACCAAUCCCGUCUCCUCGCACAUGCCCAGAGUAAUCCUACCUCCAAUCCCUCACAACACCGCCCUAAUGUUCCCUAUCUCUCCUCCCAAAACCCCUCCUCCAACCUCGAGUAUCCCCGCCCCAUGUCCCGGCACCCACCCCGCGAUCCAGCCCUCUCUGCUGGGGAAAUUGGCACCGCCGUCCCUUACGACCCUUAUACGCGGGCCAAAUCGCCUUACUAUCAGGAUAGCUCAGGGCAUCUUGCUCCAAGCGUUGGGGUUGGGGAGCAGUAUGGCAUAGCCUCUUCAUCAGCAGGUACGACACCUGAGCGCGGCAGCCUCGACAGCCAGGACACCUCGUACCGUUCGCAACGAUCUGGGGCGCAUGGCAGGAAUAUUUCUGGCGGUAGUAAUGGCGCAAGCGGGCUUAGGUCUGUGACACCGGCUGCAAUACCGCCGGAUGAGAUGCCCCUCGGUCCGCCGGGACGGAGGAGCGCGGAACAAGAGCAUCAGUGGAGAGAGAGGGGGAGGAUGAGCGGGAACUUGGGGGUGGGCACGGCGUUGGUGAUAAUAGAUUCUGAAGCGUGGACAGAACGGUGA